AAUUGAGUUGAGAAGAGUGUAAAAGCUUUGAAUUGAACGCGAGAAGAAAAAGAAAUAUUGAAUAUAAAAUGAAACUGCUUGCCCAAUCGACAAAAGUGAAUGUAACUUGAAGUUAUCUGCAGAUUGAAUAUUAAAUAUUUAAAUACUCUCAUUGAUGAACUUGAAAGAAAGUUCCCAAAAAACGUGAAGAAGUAACCAAGGGAGUGCAUAAAUUUACUUAUGCUUAAUGUAAUCACCAUUAACGCAUGACAUCACAUCCGUUUGUCUUAGGGAAAUAAAUAUAAAAGUGAAUUUAUAAACAAGCACACGAGAGGGAAGCAAGUGAACUUUAGAAUAAAAUUUGAUAUUCCAAUGCGUUUCGUUGUUUGGAGACAAGUGUAAUAAACCUAAAGAGUGCACCCGAAACUCAAGUGUGUGUUUGUUCAUCAAAGAAACUUAUGAGCAACCCUAGUGAAUCAUCUUCAUUUCUUACCUUUCUCAACUCCGUUGUAUUUGAAUAGCCGUACGAGAACGCAGGUGUUGGGUAACAUUGAAAUACGAAAUGAAGUUUUAAGGAAAAAAAAAGUAAACGAAAACGAAACAUAAAAGAAAAAGAAGAAGAAAUACAAUUAAGGGGUGCAUCCCAUAAACGACGACGAGUGUAUGGAACCAGAACCAUCAAGUGAAUUCGUGUGAUCGUUAUCAAAAUACAAAAGUUUUUUAAGAAGUCAUUUUUCAUUUCUAUGUGAAAAUAUUUUGGUCAUAAAUACUGUAAAAUAAUGUUAAACAUUUGUUGGAGAUUCCCAUCGGAUUCCACAGGAUAAUUUUGAAGAAAUAAAUCUCAACAAUUAUUUAAAGUAAAAAGGAUUACGCCCGGAAGUUAUCAUAAUCAAAGUUAUUACAAUGUAUAUGGAUAAGAAAAAGAACUCAACGAAGGAUAAUAACAUCGGUGCCUUCUUUCAGACAUGCAAGGUCUUAUGGCAUUUGGAUGCAUUUAGACGAUCUUUUCGGCAAUUGCAGAACCAUAAUUGCAGUGGAGCGGAAUGCAUAUUCUGCGCAUUAAAGAGUGAAAAUUGUGAAGAAAUUGGAGUAAUUACGAUCGAAGACAAAAUGAUCAAGUUCCGUUAUAAACGUAAAGAUUCUUCGACAAAGCCACAAUCUCUUGACACAAACGCUAUUAAAAGUACAAGUAAAAAGGAGAAAUUUACGUUGCUGAAGCGUGCCAACAGUUCAAACGACAUCCUCGACACACCAACCAAUAAAACAACUAAAGAGAUUCAAGAUAAUCAAGCUCAAUUGAGUUCAUGUGUUAAUGCUGUUGUUAAUUUAUUUACACAACUUCAAACGAGCUCUGAACCCGCAUUAUGUCCCGAACCCCUUCGUCGUGCACUUGCCAGUGGACCAUUGGCAAGUCGUCGCUUCCCUCUUGGAUGUUUAGGUGAUGCAGCUGAAUGUUUUGAACUUUUACUUCAUCGCGUUCAUUCACAUUUAUCACCAAGUGACAGCGACUCAUGCGAAACACAAUCGUGCGUUGCUCAUCAAAGAUUUGCCAUGCGCGUCGUAGAACAAAGCGUCUGUAAAUGUGGAGCCAAUUCUGAACAACUUCCCUUCACCCAGAUGGUUCACUAUGUGUCAGCUUCUGCCUUGACAUCACAAAACUCAAUGGCCACACAACAAUCGUUUGGACAAUUAUUGAGGAAUGCAGCAAACAUGGGCGAUAUACGUGAUUGCCCGAAUGCUUGUGGAGCAAAAAUUGGAAUUUGCCGUGCACUUUUAAACAAACCUGAUGUCGUGUCUAUUGGUGUUGUGUGGGAUUCCGAACGACCAGCAGCAGAUCAGGUGCAUUCUGUGUUAAAAGCAAUUGGAACAUCGUUGAGACUUGGAGAUGUUUUUCAUCAAGUUUCCGAUACAAGAUGGGCGCAUUUAAACUCACACGAGCUUGUUGGUGUUGUGUCGUAUUAUGGAAAACAUUACACAACCUUCUUCUUCCACACGAAACUUAAGGUUUGGGUUUAUUUCGAUGACGCCAAUGUUCAAGAGGUUGGCCCGAACUUUGAGGCCGUUGUUGAUAAAUGUAGCCGUGGUCGUUACCAACCACUUCUACUUCUUUACGCUCUCCCACAACUUCCUCCAAUAGCACAGAAUGGCUACCAAUCUGAUGCUUCUGUUACGAAUAUUUCACCACCAAAUCGAAGAGCGAUAACGCCAAGUCCCGAAAAAACUACAAUUGGUCUCACGCGUCGUGCCAUAACGCCAACACCAAAUCGUGCUGUCUGCGAAUAUCAGAAUUUAAGUGUCAUUCAAAGUAAAAUCUUCGGAACUGGUGGAAAUGACGAGACAGAUGUUUACAUAAGUCGAAGAACUGUUGAGAACGUGAUCAAUGCUCAAUAUCAAAAUUUGAAUGUCAUUCAAGAGAAGAUUUUCUACAACAAUUCAAAUAACAAUAAUAAUAAUUUGACAAGUUCAGGGAACAGUUCAAGCAGCAGUGAAGAGAAAGAAUACAUCAGCCGAAGUCAACUUGAAGCACAAAUGGCGAAGAAACAACAACUUGGAAGAAGUUUAAGUGCUGAAUCAACUUCUGUGUCUUCAAGUCCAAAUUCUGACGGUCUUUCAAUUCCCGAUCAUUUAAAUCAACCAAGACGAAGAGAUUCAGGGAAUUGGAGUGGAGAUAGAAACAGUGCAAGUUCAUCAUCGUCAACAACGUUGGACAAUCCUUAUCUCUACUUGAUGAAUAAACGAAAUAGUUCAAUGCCACCAAGUCCAACACGUAAUGGUCAAUUCUACGAUGCUGGUUACGAUUCGUUUUCAGUUUCAUCGACUGAUUCUUAUCCACCUAAACAUCCCGUCGUGCAUUUAGCGAAGAUCCCUGAAUCGAUGACAUUAUCUGGUGAUUGUGAGAAGCUUUGUCUUGAAGCUGAUCAACUGUUAGAGAAGUCGAAGCUUGUUGAAGAUGCUCAUGAUUUUGAGACAGCUUUGGUCUUGUGCAAUGCAGCUGCUGGCAAAGCUCGUGCUGCUAUGAACGCGCCUUACAGCAAUCCACAUACGAUGACAUUUGCACGAAUGAAACACAACACUUGUGUCAUGCAAGCAAGAAGUUUAUACAGAAGAAUUCUCAUGGAGAAAGGAUCUGAAUUGACGAAAGAUCAAUCAAACACAAACUCACUUAAUGGCCCACGACAUGGUCGACAAAACAGCAAAGAUAAAACAAUGCAACGACAGAACAGCAAAGAAAUGCUUCACGAUGACAAACAAUCAACAAAAAAUAUUGAAAUUUAUGCAACACUUCCGAAAAAGAAAGUUUCAUUAAAACUUAUGGAUCAAGAAGAUCAAAUUGUGGCAAUUGAACCAGUCGAGACGAAGAAGCCUGAACGUGAAAGUCGAAGCAUUUUUGGACGUUCAAAAGACUCGAAAGAGAAGCGUUCGAGGAGUGAAGAUAGAAACAAACCCAGUCGUGAUUUUGAAGCUCAAGCUUUGACAAAUGCAAAAGACACUUUGAAGAAACAUAAAGAAGAGAAGGAAGAGAAGAAAGACAAAGACAACAAAAGUGGAAAGAAGCAACAUAAGAUUCGAAGGAAACUUUUGAUGGGUGGAUUGAUAAGAAGGAAGAACAGAUCGAUGCCUGAUCUCACAGAAGGUGUUGGUGAAGCUCAAAAUAAAGAGAAAACGAACCCAUCACCAAAAGCUGUUGACGACAGUUCUGUUGGCGUCGUUCCGAAAUUGGACACAUCAUCUCAAAGCGGAUAUUUAUCAGAAGGUCAUCUUGAGUAUCAUGUUUCAAGCGUUAAUCCGAGUCUUGAGAGAAGUAAAUUGAUGCGUAAGAGUUUUCAUGGAAGUGGUCGUCAAUUAGUUGUUGCUAAAGUCCCACCACCACCUCCAUUACGUAAAACUUCAGCAUUAACUCGAGAGUUAGUGGAGGAACAUCAUUUGCAACAGAAGAAUCUUCAAAACAAUUUCUACAAUGGACAAGAACAAAUGAAACCUUUCCACGAAGCUAACAUGUCGAUAAUCUCCAACGUCAGUUCCAACACGUCGAUGAGUGAAGAUUCAUGUCAAACAAUCAUCACGUGUGCGCAAGUUCAUCAAGAACAAAGUCCAAAUAAACCUGGUGAACUUAUGCAACAACCAUCGAGUUAUCCACCGAAAUUCUUGCCACAAACAAUGCUGAAGAGUGAAUCGGUUGAUGAAGUUGAUCAUGUGAUUCCAACAACAAGAUUUGGAUCACAAAUGGAGCUUCCACCUUAUCCAAGUCCACCAUCAACAACUUGCCAUUCAAGACAAGCUUCUGAAGAUUUCCCACCUCCACCACCAUCAAUUGAUCUUGAGCCAUUGAACGAGCAAAUUAAUGAGAUACAAAACCUUCAAAUUAAACGAACUGACUCUUUAGACACAGUUCAAGGAUGCACAAGUAUUCUUGCGCAUCUUCAACAACGUCAAGAGGCAAUGAAAGCGAAGGAAACUGCUGAAAAGAAACCUGACUCAGCUUACACUUCCGAAAAUUGGUUGAAGGAACUUCAAUUGAAACAAUUGGCAUUGAAGAAGAUUCAAAGUGAUUCCAAACCACCAUCAUCGAAUGAUUUAUCAAACGUCAAAGAUCUCACAUCUCGCUUUGAACAGGUCAAAAUGUCACCAAUAACUGAGCCGAAGCGUUUGAAUGUUCGAACCGGUAUGAAUGGACUUUUAACACCCGUCACACAAUCAACCACACCACACACCAUAAAACGAAUGGAUAAUGGUGAUGAAGUUGAAUAUGCAAUUGUUGAUAAGAAGAAGAAUCAAUUGAAAUUUGAAGUUCCACAAAGUCAGCUGCAAGAAGAACUUCGUGAAGUUGAAAUGUUAAAUCAAGUGAUGCAAAAUACGUUGGCGAAUGUUGGCAAAAGAACGAAGAAGAAGAGUGUUUCAUUCUGUGAUCAAGUAAUUCUUGUGGCGACGGCAAAUGAUGAAGAAGAUGACACAUUUGUUCCAAAUCCAAUUCUUGAACGUGUUCUUAAAAGCAUUAACAAUGGAAACAACAGCGAAGAAGAAUCCAAAGAUCAAGUUGACACACCGAAAAGUUCUGUGGUGAUGACGAAGCAAAUUCCACUUCAAGCACCACACGAAUCGUCGCCAACGCCACCAUCACAAUACAUGACCUCGUCUCAUCAAAAUUACCAUCAAAUGAAUGGAUUACCGUUCAAUCUCAAUCAACAACCGCCGAAGAAUGAACAAAUCGAUUUAUUUGAACCAGCAAUGCAAAAACCUUCUGGAGUUUAUCAACAUGUACCACCUACAACCAUAAAUCAAAUGUUCCCAUCCCAACAAUCCCAAUCCCUUCCAAGAUCGAAUCAAUAUCAAGAAAUGCUGAUGAUGAUGCACAAUAAGAAGCAAUCCGAACAAUCAAUUAUCUCAUCUGUUGGUCCCGGUGUCCAACAUAUGCCGAUUAAUAAUCAAUAUCAUCCAGCAAUUCAAUCAACUCAACAGCAAUUUGACUAUGUUGGUAAUCAGGGAUCAGGAUUAUCAAACUUAGGCAUUCCAUUGCAAUCUCCCCCCCCACCAAUGACCAAUCAAUCACCUUACAUGCAAUUGCCACAAAAUAGCGCAGUUGUUCGUAAUAAUGCUUCUGGCUAUCCUUAUCCCAUUAAUCAACAACAGCAUAUUCCAAUGCAAUAUCCCCAACAUCAGAAUCCAAUGGCAAAUCCACAAAUGAAUUUUAUGAUGAAUUCAAAUAGAAUGGGAAUGUUUCAAAAUCAACAACAAAUGGUUUAUCAGAAACCAUCACAAAUGAUGCAAUCACCGAAUGAAAUUCCUAAUGGCUUCCAUAUUCAACCAACUUAUCAAAAAGUUCCUUAUCCUGGACAAGAGAUGAUGCAAUAUGAUCAACAAAAUCAACAUAAUGGAAUUUAUUUGAACCCGCCACAGAUGAAACCAGUUGUUCAGAAGAAGGUAAGUUUUGAACCUGGAACGAAAGGAGGUCCUGAAACAUCAUCACCAUCACCAUCGAUGUCAACAAACUCAACAAACAGCAGUGUUGAUUCGAACAACAACGUACCAAAUAUUGGUCAGACAACUCAACUUAUUCCAACGAAAGUUUCAAUCUCAUCAUACAACAAUACAUCGAUCAUCAAAGCAUCAGCAAAAGCGACUCAAUGUAAUUUAUGUCGAAAGAAGCAUACUGUAGGAAAUGCUUUGUAUUGUGCCGACUGUGACUUUUAUCUAUCGAGAUUCCAGACGAAUACAAGAAGAUAA